GGCAGCCAGUCUGAGCUGACCAUAGACAUAAAAACCAGCAAGGUCCCAAGUACACUUAGCGGGGUUACCCAAACUCCUGGAUCAAGGGUGCAAGGACAUCAAGGAUCUGGCUGCUUCCUUGGAGACCAAGAAAAUGAGUUUUUGUCUCCACAUUUGCUCUGCCAAUCCACGAGGAUACCACAGAGCCAUCUCAGCUGCACGUCUCUGCCCCAUGCUAUGUUCUGCAGGCAUGGUGCUUGGCUCAGGAUGUAUCCAAAAUAAGCACGCUGGCCUGCUGCUGAGUCACUUAGCCAAACCUCUAGACUCUCCAAGUUGACACAAUGUAUCAGCCAUAACAUGUGCAGAUCCUUCUCUGGAUGAAGAGGAGGCGAAACACCUGAAAUGGGAUGAGCUAAGUAAAGCAUGAGUUCAGCUGCAACCUGGAGGACAGCUUUUCUUUGUCACCCAGCCUUCUCUAGUUAGAGAGACCACAGAGGCCCAGUGGGCAGCAGCCCUAAUAGAUUACAUUGGGAAAUUGCCUCUGUGAGUCCCAGGCGGGAUGUUCUGUCAUGCACCAGUGAGUAGCAGAGCAGGAAUUCAAGCCUGACUCCAACUCGUGUUUCAAGGCAAAGACUGGGGAGGAGCCUACACGUGCUCUUCAGAUCAGGGUGUUGACAGAAAGGAUGUUCAAACAUCUCCGGAAAUGGUUUGUCACUCACUGUUCUCGGCGUUCUCGGCAGAGAGCAAGGCUAGUCUCCAAAGACGGAAGAUGCAACAUAGAAUUUGGCAAUGUGGAUGCACGGUCGAGGUUUAUAUUUUUUGUGGACAUCUGGACCACCGUGCUUGACCUCAAAUGGAGAUACAAAAUGACCAUUUUCAUCUCAGCCUUCUUGGGGAGUUGGUUCCUCUUUGGUCUCCUGUGGUAUGUGGUGGCCUAUGUUCACAAAGACCUCCCAGAGUUCCAUCCUCCUGACAAUCACACCCCCUGUGUGGAGAACAUACAUGGCAUGACCUCAGCUUUUCUAUUUUCUCUGGAAACUCAAGUGACCAUUGGAUACGGAUAUAGGUGUGUGACGGAACAAUGUGCUAGUGCCAUUUUUCUACUAAUAUUCCAGUCUAUUCUUGGAGUUAUCAUCAAUUCUUUCAUGUGUGGUGCCAUCUUAGCCAAAAUCUCCAGAUCUAAAAAACGUGCCAAGACCAUUACAUUCAGCAAGAAUGCAGUGAUCAGUAAGCGGGGUGGGAAACUCUGUCUCCUAAUCCGAGUGGCUAAUCUUAGGAAGAGCCUCCUUAUUGGAGGUCACAUAUAUGGAAAACUUCUGAAAACCACAGUCACUCCUGAAGGAGAAACCAUUAUUUUGGACCAGACCAAUAUCAACUUCGUAGUUGAUGCUGGCAAUGAAAAUUUAUUCUUCAUCUCCCCACUGACAAUUUACCAUAUUAUUGAUCACAAUAGUCCUUUCUUCCACAUGGCAGCAGAAACACUUUCCCAGCAAGACUUUGAGUUAGUGGUAUUUUUAGAUGGCACAGUGGAGUCAACCAGUGCUACCUGCCAAGUCCGCACAUCUUAUGUUCCAGAGGAGGUGCUCUGGGGCUACCGUUUUGUUCCCAUAGUUUCCAAGACCAAGGAAGGGAAAUACCGAGUAGAUUUCCAUAACUUUAGUAAGACAGUGGAAGUGGAGACCCCACACUGUGCCAUGUGUCUUUAUAAUGAGAAAGAUGCUAGAGCCAGGGUAAAGCUAGGCUACGACAACCCCAACUUUAGCUUGUCAGAAGUCAGUGAAACAGUUGACACCAAAAUGUAGAAGUUGCUUUCACCAUGAAGCCAAGUUUUUCUAGGUACCUACUAACUUCAGCAUUAUGAAGCAAUCAACAGUUUGGGGUUAUGAAUACAAGACAAGAACCUUCAAAGUCUACCAGCACAAUGACCCCUAAACCCUAUAGCUGUGAUUCUACGAGAUAUGUGACUCUGCAAGACUACUGUGUUAGCAGUCAUGAUGCAGUCAUAUGAAACUGCAUAUGAAAGCCACAGGAGUUCACUUGUGGCUUUGAAUAUAAUUAUUUUAGGUCAUUCAGUGUUGAUGGGAAGAGAUGAAAUCAUGAAGAGCCUCAUGGACAGGCCACAGAAGAUAGGUAUUUUUAAAAGUUUCUUUGAAAAAGUUAGAUGCUUUAAAUGGGGUCAGGGAACAACCAUAUUUUUGUUCUGAUAGGAAAAAUGCCAUUUCCAUUUUAAUACUGACUUUUAUCAAUGGGAAAGUUGUCUCCUGAGUUGGGGGAGAUAAACUAACAAGCCAAUGACAAUAAGAAGAGAUUACGACACAGUGAAUAACGUGAGGAUCUAACACUCUCGAACUCUGGUCACUGGAGUCUUCAUCUGAGUCUGGAUCACAUGUGUUUCACAAGAAGGAAGGGAAAGAACAGUCCAGGGACUCAGCAGGAACUAAACUUGCUUUACAUUAUGGCUUAUGCAGAUGCAGCAGCCCACCUUGGGCUUUGGCCCAAAUAAUCUGUGGUGCAUUUAGACAGAGGCGAGAUCUGUACUCCAGAAUCUUGAUGGAAUCCUUGCAAAACAGAAUGCUUGAGUUGAAAAGGGUGAUAAUAUUUUUUUCAGUCUUCAUUGGGUGGGUUAAGGAUCUACAGAUGUGUUAAGAGUAUUUCCUGCUCAUCAAGACAGUAGUAAGGAUUUUGAGACUGUGGUCAGUCUAAAGGGCUAUGGAAUGCUGAUGGUUAAAGUGUAUUGUGUUUCUCUGCCUAGGCUUUGCACUGAAACACUAUUUCUGAGGCAGGAAAGGGAAAGCAAUAAGGUGUGGUCUCCCAGUCAGAACAUCUUGAGGCCUUUGUGUCUCUAAAAGCCAUCCCCAUACCUUCCUAAAAGUGACCAACAUAAUGGAAAGAUUGCCCCUUAGGGGAAGGUUUUAACGUGAAUAUAUUGCAUAAUUUCCCACCUGAAUUAUUUUGAAUGUAUCCUGGGAAAAAAUGGAAAUCAAAGCUCCUUGGGAAUCAAAAUGAUUCAGUGUGUUAAUUAAUAUAUUAAAUUUCUGAAACUGUG